AUGUCUGCGUUCGACAAUCUCGAUAUCGGCACACGGCGCAGUAGCUCCGUUUUGACCCUGAGCUCCUAUAAAUCGUCGUAUGGCAGGGAGCGCUCCUUUGAUGCGCGCUCCUACGACUUGGGCAAUGCACCAAUCUCCCCAACCGAGCCACGGCGUUUUGCGGACGACCGCCGACGUAGCAACAUCGCUCUGACUGCAAGCCAUGUCCGCAGACAAUCAAACGGUCUGAAUUUUGGCAAGGCGGAUAGCAAGUACAAAGCCGCGAAAGACAUGGACGAGCCAGUCUUGCUGUCCAAGGAGGGUUCUGGGUACCUCUUCUUCUCGAUCUCCUCCGAUGGCAUGCUCAACUACAAAACUGCUUCGCGCAUCUCUGGCAGUAUGACGAGCUAUCUGGUUGAUCCUUUGACCUUCAAUGGAGAGCGCGCUCCAGUUGUAGUCUUGACUUCGCCUGCCUCUGGCGAGGGAAAUGCUUUGCAGACGUACCAGAGACUGCUGCUACCUAUCUUGAAGCACUUUAAGGUAGACCACUCCCACAUUGCGCUCUCCGAUGCAAACACCGCGUCCUACCUGGCCAAGAACGGACAGUACACAGCAAAUACCAUCUUCAUCCUGCUCUCAGGCGACGGCGUAUUACACGAGGUAAUCAACGGUCUUGCUGAAAAUACACACUUUGAAGCCCACUAUACGCCCAUCAGGCUUUGUCCUAUCCCAUGCGGUUCCGGAAAUGGAUUGGCAUCAUCACUCAAAAUGACCAACGUGGCCCGCGGAAUACGUGCGCUCUUCAAGCCGAACUGGACAACUUUGCCUGUCCUGCAUGCCAAGAGUUCUGCAGGCUCGAUCAAUCGUUAUGCCGCAGUUGUUGUGAGCUACGGUCUGCAUGCUGCGCUAGUGGAUGAUUCUGCUUCGACCGAGUUCAGGGAGAAGUACGGGACCGAUCGCUUCAAAGAGGCAGCGAACCGCCAUUUGCGGCCCAAGCCCUACCUAUACAAGGGCAAGUUGUCCUUGACCAAGGCAUGUCGCUUUCCUGACCUCAACAGUGAGGCUGCACGCGACCAAGAAGUCGGUUCAAACCACACCUAUGUGCUCAUCACACGGUGUUCCUCUCUCGAAUCAGAUUGGCGUAUCGCUCCAAUGGCUUCGCCAACUGCCUACCCAGACAAACUCGACGUUGUGCGCAUGGGCGACAUGUCAGGCACGGAUUUGGGUCGUAUCCUCAUGGAUGCUUACAAGAACGGUGCUCAGAACGCGCGUUUGUAUUGA